AUUUCGUCUGGAACUUCAUCGGUUCUGCAGCUGUUCAACUGAUUAGUGGAAUCAUAUCAAAUUCGCGACAAAUUAUUUACCUUUCUUUUCGUUACCACUUAUCAGGCAGUUGAAGUUUUUAUUCGAAAUGGCUUUGACUAAUUUUGCUACUCGAGAUCUUGUUUUACUUAGUAUUUUGAUACUAAGCGGGGUGGAUACUAAUGGCGCAAAAUCCUUGUCAGUUUAUUCGCAAUGUGGGAAGGGAGAAUCUACAUUGAAGGCUGUUUCAAUGCUUUUCCGGCAUGGAGAUCGAGCACCCACAUUGCCUUAUAGAUUUGAUCCUUACCGUGAAUAUCCUUGGCCAGGUGGAUACGGAGCACUAUCUCAGAAAGGGGCUGAACAACUAUAUGCAUCUGGAUUCAUAAAAUCCAUUCGGUAUUCAUCCCUCAUUUCUGCUGAUUGCGACACAAAAGCAGUCGAUCUCGAUAAAAUUUUGGUUUUGAGCAGUUCCGUUCAGCGAUGCGUCGAUAGCGUUACGAACUUCUUAAAUGGAUUUGUUAGAGGCGAAUGGCCCUCAAGUCUAAUUAAUGUCAUACCAGGAGACAAGGAUGAAAUGUUAGGUGUACCUGGAAAGUGGUGUCCCAAAUAUGGAAAGAUCUUAGUAACCGGACCACCCUUAGAUGACCCUGAAUUCAAGAAAGUCAUAGAUUUCGAAUCACCAGAGGGCAAAGAGUUGUUAGCAUAUUUGGAGGAGAACACAGGCUUUCCUGUAAGUUUUUCCAGUAUCAUGAUGUAUGUGGAGGAUACUCUGUCGGUUCAAAAAGACAACAAUCUUGAAUUGCCUGCCUGGACUGAACCUGUUCAUGAGCCAUACCUCAAACCAAUUAGCCAUAUUGUUUUCGAUAGUUUCACUUCUGCGUAUUUGAUGAAAAUACGGAGUUCGAUUCUAUUUAAGGACAUGAUGAACAGAUUUGACAACUUGAUAACAGGAUCUGCCGACCAGAAUGUUUUAUUAUAUUCAGCACACGACGCAACUAUUGCUGGAAUGCUUCAUUUCUUUGGGGUUCGAGAUCAGAUACCGGUCAUGCCUGACUAUGGGUCUGCACUUAACUUGGAGCUUCAUGAAAAUUCAGAAAUAGAUCAUGAUUAUGAAGUGAAGUUGUUAUAUUUUGCAUCCUACGACGACGAAAAUCCCACUGAAGUGAACAUUCCAAAUUGCCAGACACCGUGUCCUUACAAGCAAUUCAAGGCGAACAUCCAGCCGAGCCUUAUAGAAGAGGAUUUUGACAGUGUAUGCGCGAAAUAAUGAACUAAUAGAAAUUCGCUAUUAACGGAAAAUACACAAAAAAUGUUCAGUACACUUGUGAUUAGAAGCAACUUGUAAACUUCUAUCCUCAAUAAAGCAAUCAUGUGAAGAAA